AUGGCGCAAGAAAGUUGCUGCUGGAAGAGACCCCCUUAUACCGAACCUUCCACUAGCGAGGAUGCGUACUGCGCGGCGGUGCGCGCGCCAACAGCAGCAGAGACACCGGUGUCAGAAGUAGAUGGUGCGCGCAGGGGAGAACAUGUUGGUACCUCUGCUGAUGGAGCACGUGGGGGAAGCGGCGGCGAUGACGGCGAGAUCGUGCACCACACUUCGACUGGACGAGAGGACGGGGGAACCGACGGGGGAUUCGACGACGGAGGGGGAAGGGGAGGUGACGGCGGAGGGGAUGGGGAUGGGGAAGGGAGAGGGGACGGGGGAAACACCGCCGGUGGGGACGGGGACGGCGGAGGCAGCGCUGAAUGGCCGACAUUCGCGGACGGGGAAGGGGGACGAGAUGGGAGAGAAGGGGGUGAGGACAGUCGCCCGCCUGCCACGUGGUGCGAUAACGAAGCAUGCUUACGUGGCGCGCUGUUGGAUCGCACACCCGCCAUCUACCUCACGCACCACGUGUACCUGACAAACGGCGAGCUGCCAGCUGUCAGACACGCGGUGGCCGUGACGGGCUUGUGUUUGUCGGAUCAGUGCACGAUCGACGGCCAGGGGAAGUCCAGGGUCGCCUCAACAGGCGACGGGAGGGGCGACCUGGGGGGGGGGGCACGCAUCGGAGCAGCCGCCCCUGGUGCAGCCGCCCCUGGAGCAGCCGCCCCUGGUGCAGCCGCCCCUGGUGCAGCCGCCCCUGGAGCAGCCGCCCCUGGUGCAGCAGCCCCUGGAGCAGCCGCCCCUGGUGCAGCCGCCCCUGGUGCAGCCGCCCCUGGAGCAGCCGCCCCUGCUGCCCUGUGCGCCCCGUGCGCCCUGCUGCCCUCUGCACGCGCCAUGCACAGCACCCCCCCCCCCCCCCUGCUGCGGGUACAGCAGUGGGGGGAGGGGAUUUGCCAUCCCCCUGCUGCGGUUGCGGCAGUGGGGGGAGGGGACCUGCAGCACCAGCCCCCCCCCCUCCUCUCCGCCCUUUUCUCCUCUCCCUCCCCCUGCUGCGGGUGCAGCAGUGGGGGGGAGGGGAUCUGCCAUCCCCCUGGUGCGGAUGCGGCAGUGGGGGGAGGGGACCUGCAGCACCUGCCUGCCCCCCCCCCUCCCAUCUCUCUGCUGCGGGUGCAGCAGUGGGGGAGGGUAUGA